CCAGUGCAGUGAACCCCGACGUUAAAUUGAAGAUUUUCCGUGAAAUAUCGUUGUAAAACUAACCAGUUUCAGAACUAAGGUUGCGCGGAUGCGGUCGGGGAGUGCGUUCUAGUUCGGGAACUGUCGAAACGAAGAUGUCAGCAUUAAGUGUGAGGGCGCCUGGCCUCCAGGCCACCACAGUACUGGACUCGAGGUCUUUAAGUGUACGAGGAGUGACCACAUUAGAAGGCGUGAGGAGAAACUUGUUUGGGUGUACGGAUAGAGAAGAAAACAGGCGAUUUGUCGAGCGGGAGCUGGCGAGGCAGUUGGAAUUGGACAGCCAAAGAUGGGGCUUCGAUUUCGCGAAUGAAACUCCACUACCAGGAGCUCAAAGGUUUGCGUGGCAACUUGUGCCGGCCACAUCAAUCCCUGCGGCUUUAAGAAGGUCACCCAUCACAAUGACAACGCCAAAACCGAGCGCACCCAAACAAGAAUCUAAAGCAUCGAGUCCAGAAAACAGCAAAACGCAAAAGAGAAUAACAGAUUUCUUGAAACCGCGUAAGCGGUUGGCUAACAGUGGGAAGAAGUCCCCUGCGCACAAACACAAGCACGAGUGCGGGCACGGGGCGCACAUCCGCCCUCCGAAGGUGGCGAGACUUGCGCAGGCGCACUUCAAGCGCACCAGCUAGGCCAAGGCAACGUGCAACACCCGCAACAAUUGAACAACAGGAAAAGAGAUUCACCUAUCCUUAGGCAGCUGCAAACUAAGAGGAAAAAUUGGAAUUUAACCCAAAAUAGUGUCGAUAAUGGAAAGGGUUUCCAGAACUCUAAUUCUACGUAUGAUAUUUAAAUCAUUCAUCGUUUCAUUGAAGGAAUGAUUCAAUCAUGUAAUGGGUUUCCAAUAUAACACUUGAUUAAAGAACUGUCAACUUGGACGUCUAUAAUUACAGAUAGGAGUUUGAUACGAUAUAAAUAUCAUAGAGACUUAGAAAAUUUUCUGUUGCACAUUGCUCAGAUUAAAGUUUGAUUGGUUUUAAGUGGUUAAAGAAAAUAACCUUUUUGUCAGAAUUACCUCAGAUCAUGUUAUUACGGAUACUGUCAUACUUUAGUUAUCAUGGGACUGUUCAAUUCGAGCGCGGGUUACGUAUAAGGCAAUUGUGCAAAUUAUUUUAUAUUAUCUCUUAAUUUAUUUUGAUUGUCGACGCUGCACGUCGCAUCUCGGAGAACAAUAUAAUAAUGUUAAGUAAUUUGUAAGAUAGUUUCAGACAUUUAUAAUAGCAUAUGAUUUAAUAAUAUAUUUUUCCGAUCCGGUUUGUCACUAAGAAGCAUCACAAUUUUUCUAAAUUCAGCUCAAAAAACAAAAUGACUUCGAUCUUUUAUAAUUUGGGUGCCAAGACACCUCAAAAAUUCAAGUCUCCGUCGAGUCCCGGGCAAUAUUUAUUUAUAAUGUGACAAUUAAUUAUAAGUUUAAUAUGAUCUCUGACAAGUAAAUUAAGUUAUAUUAGUCGUUAGAGAUAGGUUUAAAUUUGAAUUUAGGUAGCAAGUUUUAAAUAUCGGACCGUUUAAUUUAUACACACUUUUGUUUCCCUAUUUUCAACAUCAUGUAUGUCACAAUGGUAAACUCCUUGAAAAUACUUACGUGUUGCUUUGAAAAUAAAAUUUUCAGUGAAAACAUGAAAGUAUUUUCGAUUAGUUUCGUUGAUUGACCGAGAGAACUUUGUAUUUUUGCUCGCCAAAUUGCGAGAGAAGUACAAAGAAUCUCAUAUAAACAUAGCCGUUAACAGAAGUUUAACAAACUAUCACCCGAUUACGAUAUAAAAACAUUUCAACACUUCCCAUGUACAUUACAUUAAACACUUCUCAUUGCGACCUUUCUAUGCGUAGUCGGGUUCAAAUUUAGAGUACUUCAACCAAAAGCAAUUUAGCGUUAAAUAAAUACAAAUACUCAAGUGAAGUUUUGUUACUACUUCCAGUAACAAAAUCGUUAUUGCCAGUUUAAUUAUAAUAAAUACGGAUGUGACGAUAUGAACGUCUUUGCAGAUAUCUAUUAUCGGUCACAUCCCUUAUAAUAGAUAAUGAUAUUGUUUUACAGUUUCGAAGACAUUGAGUAUUUGUGUUUUAUGUCAAAUUUCAGUAUAACAAGGUCUUAAUAUUAUAAGUGUCGUUGUUAUAUUUAAUGGAUUAUUUUAUUACUAUGAUUUAUCGAUGUUUGUUUUUAAUUGGUUGUCUAAAAUACUGUGUAUAGUUUGGGACGAGAAGUUUCCUUAUGCAAAACCACGGUCCCUUUAUAAAAGUACAAAUUAUUUUCAUGUCUGUUUAGGUGGGGUCCGCGGUGAAAUCUUUAAAAGACACUCAUCUUCAUUACCUUUCAUAAUAACAAUUACUUCAUUUGCUAGGUUUUUUACAUUAAGAAGAAUCGACAGAAUCCAUUUAAUACUAAUUUUCUGGUCUUAGAAAAUAGACAAAAAUUAAAGAAAACAAUUUGCAUUUCAUUUAAAAUCUAACGUUUAAUUGAAUGCAAAGUAUGAUGCGGAAUUUCAAUUCAUUUCAAAUUCGGACUAAAUACCAUUAAAGCAUAAUUUAAAACAUUCAUUCAGGGUUAUGCAAUUGGAAAUUUCGUUUAUUUAAUUUUGUGAAAGAAAUUAGUAUUAGGAUAAUUGACGAUUAUUUCGGUGAAACGGUGUUUUGUGAACGUCACAGCGUUCUGCCAAAGCCACUAAGCUGGUCUGACUAGAGUCUAGACUAAAAUAACUAUGAAAUUAUAAAUGAAUUAUUUCACUUGGACAAAUAAAUAAGGGAAGACUAAUAUUAUAAGGCGUUGCGCGCUUUGUGUUUUCUUUAUUAAUCAUUACGAGGUGUUUCGAUUUUACUUUAAUGACUUGUUUUUCAAGAGUUUUGACUUUGUUCUUUAAUUUAUGAAUUGUGUUUACGUGUGGUCUCUGGAACAAACGCUCGAAUUAUCCACUGUCCAUAUAAAUUUGUCUUCAUUUACGAGUCCUUG